AUGAGCUAUACCGCUAUAUUACAUACCAACUCCAUUCACUCUGCGCAUGCCGAUCAUCGCAUUGCCGUCCAGUUCCGAAGCGAUAAGCAAGAUCUCUCCGGAGUCUCCGAAGCUAGCCGUAUUCAUGGACCUAUUGUGCCCUUAGUAACAUACCAAGGCAUGUACGAAGGACUGUCCGUGUAUACAUCGCCAUUCGCUGAAGGGGCACCGUAUAUCAGUUUCUUGAUGCCUUGCGAGGACUUUGAACUGCCGCUACAGAAGAAGAUGGUGACAGCUAUGGACCUUGCGGAUCUCGUUACCUGGGGAGCUAGAGUGAACACUGCUAUACCCGAAACUACUAUAUCCGACCUCACCUCUACUCUGGGUGGAAUCUGUCAUACGGUCAAUAACUAUAUUUUCCGAAACGAAAUUCUUAAGAAUAGCAUUUCUGCUUGCAUCAGCAAGCUCCGGCCACAGCUACGCGAUCUCGCUACCCUCCCUAUCACCCUUACCCACCAGGAUCUCAGCCCAUUUAAUUAUCUUAUUGACGAAUCCACCGGCGGGGUUCAAGCUGUAUUAGAUUGGGAUAGUGCUUUAUACCUCCCAGUUGGGUCAAAUUUCCAUUUCAUGGAUAGUCUUUUUGGGUCCAUGACCCCAAGUGGUUGGCAAGACGCGGAGGAUCGUCAGGAGCUCGAGACAGCCUUUUACGAUCGGGCUCUGGCUAAUCUUGCUGCCGAGGGAUUUGGGGAAUAA